CUUCCUCUCUCUCUCUCUCUCUCUCUCUCUCUCUGUAUAUAUAUACACGCACGCACACGCGCGCGCACGCACACACACACUCUCAUUCACACACACACGCACACACAUACAUACACACACAGCCACACACAUCUGGCCCUUUUUGUGAACGUGUGCUCUGUGUAUUCUUCUGGUAUCCUGUGCGCGCGCGCGCGCGCGCAAACUGUCUGUCCGUCUCUCUCCUACCCCCAUUUCUCUCUCUCUCUCUCUCUCUCUCUCCCCCCGUGUAUAUCUGGAAUUUCAUCGACGACGUCAGCACGCCUUCGCUUUCUUCGAUUUCGAGUUUCUCGGCUCAGGGUAGACAGAGAUAGAGAAUUCCGGAGGAUGGUGCUUCUUUUUCCUGAAUAACGCCGAACGAAUUUCGCCAUGAGGGAGGCCGCAGUUAACAACGACCUUGCCGAAGAUCGAGAAUGGUAUGCAGCGUGUACGCGGGUGGAGUCGUAAUUCUGCUGGCAGCACGAUCGUCUUCAGGCUUGCGUCCAUGCUACAUACAUCGUGGAUUCAUUGUGGAACGUCAACGACCACCUCUGUCGCUGUUAUCGUAACACCUUCACAAGCGAAAUUCCGACGUCGUCUAAUCGACUGGUCAAUUUUUUCAUGCAGAGCACGUCGGUGUCCCCGAGAAGAGACGGAAGUGACAGGGAGGCUCGAGUAAUCGGUCGCGACCACCUAUGGCGGCCGCGAGCUUUCCACCGAAUUUCACGAACGUCGGCGUCAUAGAGAACUGCCCCACCUCGAGCUCCUUGGAAUCGAUACGGUAUCGGGCUCGACAAUGGGGCCAGAAACUCGAUGGUACGACGAAGGACGAACUUUGCUAACGAUCGCGUCGGACGAUAUCUCUGCCAGGAGAUAUACCUCAAUGACAUGAUCUCGUAGCUGUGCCGUUUACAAACAGAUUCGUAAUAAAAGAGCUUUAGCGCAGAGCUUCGCUCUUUGAGCUUUGUCACCUUUUCUUUCUUUUCGAUUCGAUACGACCGCAGUAAGAGAGAGCGAGAGAGAGAGAGAGAGAGAAUGGAUAAAAAUCUGAUAAAAAGUGAACAAAAUAAUGUCGGACAGCCAACGAUUACGUAUUUAUAAGCACGUGUCGCAAGUAAGUGGUGGAUAAAAUUACGCAAAGCAGCGGAAAGCGAUAAGCGCGCGAGAAAGAGAGGGAAAAUGCGAUAAGAAGGAAAAUCUCGCAAAGUCUCGACGGAGAGCAAGCGAGCGAGCGAGCGAGCGAGAGAGAGAGAGAGAGAGAGAGAGAGAAGGAAGGAUGGAAGUUAAGUGAGUGUUCCGGCAACGAAGGGUGAGGUCGAACGAGACUAAGGGUGAGAAGAGUAUGUAGUGGUAGUAGUAGUAGUAGCAGUGGCAGCCAGUAGUAAAGACCGGCUCGUGUCUGGCACGCCGUACCACCCGGUGCAACUCGUCGUGACGAGAAUACGUUCUACUACCGACCAGAGAACCAUUUUCGAUCUCUCUCUCUCUCUCUCUCUCUCUCUCGCUCCCUUCCUCUUCGAAACGAUGAUCAACCGAGGGCCAUUUUACGUUUUACAGGUUAACAUUUACUUAAUCGAAUCCUCGAAAUGUUACGAAAGAAAUUUUUUUCCUUCUCGAAAAUAUAAGACUUUUAAAGAACUAAUGUUAAUCAGUGCGCAUUGUUAGCGACUAGUAGGAGAGUAGAUGCAGUUGUAAAAAACAAAGAUCCUUGUACACGUAACAGAUUUCUCGUGAAAACUAUGUAGUCAAUUCUUUCCUGUCACGUAGCUACCUGUUAUUCGCGUUUGCGACGCGAGAAGAGAAUGAUAAAAUGAAUCUUCGUAAGUAAGAGGCCUUUCGGGCUCGUAGCCUCGAGGUGAGAAUGUUCCGAAGUAGUAGCUAGCUCGCGCUCGUUAUUUUACAGUACUUACGACUUUCUCUCUCUCUCUCUCUCUCUCUCUCUCUCUCUCUCUCUCUCUGUUCGAGCCACGAGAGAGAACAGAGUUUACGCUCGGUAAGUCACGGAAUUUAUGGGAUCGCAGAAUUUAUAGUUUCAAUUUCCGUGAUAUUCAAACGGCGCUAGCUGCCAGUGGCGAUCGCUUAAAAUUCGAACUCGACUGCGCCUAUUAAUCGUUCCUUCAUUUUCGAUAUUCCAAUGCGAGUUAAUGCUCGCAAAGAUAGUAAGCCCGUAAUUAUCUUUUUUCCCUGUAAAACGAGAAGAGAUCUUUCCUAUCGGUUUUCACCUCUGUCCGACGUAAACGAUACGUUUGAUGAAACAUGGAUAUUUUUUAUGUUCGUCCGUUACUUAUGUUCCCGUUCCGUGUAUUAAAGAAAAGUUCCAUUUGGUGAAAUUGCAAACGGUCGGCUUUGUCGACACAAAAUCGUUACCACGUUUGUUUCAUUCCCUUCUUCCAUCUCUCUUUCUCUCUCUCUCUCUCUCUCUCUCUCUCUCCUGUACGACCCGCAGCACUUGUUAAGAGCUCCCUCGGAUGAGUUCCUUUGUAAAAUAACCCAGAUAGCUUUCACCGAGGCCGAGUUACACGGUUUAACGAUCGCGGCCGAAUGUGCGUGGCCGAUGUAGUUGCGGCAUUUAUCUAUCCUACGCGCGUAUACGUAUGAGAACGCGAAAAGAGCAGCGACGUGCACUGGAACGUUCAAAUCGUUCUGUAAUAGGUAUGUCAUUUUUUAGAUAGCUCUCUAGUAUCUUUGCAAAUUGAUCGCGAAAACUUUGCUACUUUGCUACUUUGGUACUCUCUCCGCGCGUUAGUCCGUCUACCGGUUCGUUGCUCCUCGACGACGCGAUAGACGAGGUAAAUUGAAUUUGCGUAAUAAAGUUGCUACGACCGCACCACCGUCCUCAUCCUCUCUAUGCAUCGGGGAGUAUAUAUAUAUAUAUAUAUAUACAGCGAGAAUAUAAAGGGAAACACGUGGCUAGAGGGUGAACGACGCGAUUCUAGUCUCUAGAAGGACAGGGAAGCACGACGAGUGCCGUCGAACGGGUCACCCCCAGGUGUCUCCUCUCUCUCUCUCUCUCUCUCUCUCUCGAACGAACGAACGAACGAACGAACGAACGAACGAAUCCUCUUAAGGGGAGCUCGUAUUGCAGAGAGGAAACACAGCGAGUGAACGCUUCCUGCUUUUUGUUCGCAACGACUCGAGUGGAAUUCGUUUCGCGCGCGCGAUUUUUACAUUCCGCUCCGACGUCUUUCUUGCCCCGUUCGAUCGACUUUUCCAUAUGUAUGCGCCCAUUUCGCGGGAAUCUUUAAUUGGAAUAGGUACGAUCUCGCGACGGCGUUGAUUUCAAAGUAGAAAAGUCAUACUCUCGUCGAGAGUCGAACUUUUAUUUCUUUCUUCUCUUUUUUCGCUUGAUACAACGUAACCACAUAGAGUUGCGUAUAUUUGCCGAAUAAGGUCAACGCAUUCACCUUGAGACGUUCCUUGCACGCUCGGAAUCUGUCCGACGAUUUGGAGGUUGGCCAGCUAUUUCCGAUCGUGACCUAUCGGCUUACCGUGUGGUCCACGAAAGAAAAUGGAAGAAAGAAAUCGACGGAGUGAAAAGGAAAGAAGGAUAAAAAAGAUAUCCGACGUUGAUUGGCUAGCUCGUAGAGUAGUUCGUCUAAGAGACGUUGCGAUAUAUCUCAACGAGAGAUAAUAAUUCCGUCGAACGUUCUCCUACGAGCGCAUAAACCCACGAACUGUAUGCGUCUUACGGUUGCAUAACUCAUGGCGUCGACCCACCGCCGUCGCUUUACCGGUUUCGCUCCGAGCCCCACGUACUUGGUUAUUUACUCUUUGCACGAACGCUUACCACAUGUAACGAACGCUUGCUUCCCUCUCUUUUCUUUUCAUAUCUUCUUUUUCUCUUUCUUUCGCGAACACGUGCCGUCGUCUCCUUCGUCGUCCGACGAAGCGUUAACGGUCUCGUAGCGGUCGCAAAGUCUCGACCGAAUAAAAUCUGAUUUCAUCGUUCUGCGUUUGCCCUUUCCGUUCGCGACAAAUUUUUCAUUAAACGCGAUCUCCACGGAGCGAGCAAGAUUUCCCGUGUAAAUCGCGCGCGCGCGCGCGCGCUUUCGUUCGCAAACGUAUACACGUACGAAUAUAUCUAAUUAAUUCUAUCAAGCUUGCAAACAGCUUACCGACCGAAGGGACACGUCAUAAUUUUGGCCAGUGCCGUCGCAACGGAUUAUAGCUUGUUUAACGAUACAGGGUCCUCUAUCGAAGGGCAGAGGUACUACGAAUUAUUGGCACGCGUCGAUAUUCCCUAUUACGAUCGAACGCAUUCCAAAGAAAUAUUACGUUCGUUUCGCCAUAGUCGAUAGAUCGUUUAUUAUUAUAUCGAAUUUAAAGCGGCUCGUUAUUUUUAGAUAACAAUCGUGCCGUGGGAAAACGGCCAUUGGUAGAAAAAUGUGAAACGUUCGUUAGCAGUUCGUGUAUACGAUGAUCACUCGAUUUUUAUCUCUUAAAAUAAGACACUUGCCUCGUUUCGAAAAGUUCCUUUGUCAUUGAUCGUAUCAACGUUGCUCCAACGAUAACGGCCAUUUUUAGAUUCUAUGAAAAAAAGGAGAAGGAUAUCGAGUCGGAAAAUGUAUUAAAAGUCGCAACAAACUUCGAGGAGAGAGAGAGAGAGAGAGAGAGAGAGCCGUUAGUACGCGUGACGGCCGUCGUGCGUUGGAGGGUGCGCUCACGUCCCGCGCUCAUCCUCCCGCAUCCUUUCGGCCUAUCCUAGGGGCGCCCCCUUCUAACCUCACCCCCGCUCAACGUCCGGUAACGUAUUCAGCCAACGAGCUACGUUCCCCCUCCCUCGUGACAGCCGGCGCGGCGCCACUGCCGCCUAGCCGGCGAGGCAGGAGCUACCCCCACCACUCGAGCACCGGCAGUCGGUGCGAGUGCAUAGUCGACGCAUAUCGUUGAGAGAGAGAAGCUGGGACGCGCGUUUCCUUCUAGUUUUCUUCUUGCGUUCUAAGAUCGUACGCGCGCGCGCGCGCGUGUCUAUAUAAUAUAUAUAUAUAUAUAUAUAUAUAUAUAUAUACACACACACAUAUAUAUAUAUGUGUGGUGUGUGUAUGGUGUGUAUGUGUGUGUGUGUGCGUGCGUGCGUCCGUCCUUAGGGCGAAGCAAGCAACGAUCGGUCCUCGAUUUUACCCGAUAACAACGAGUCUCACUUACUCACCGCGGUCGCGUCGUACCUUUCGAGAAAAUCCACGAGAAUCGAAAUAGAGAGAAAUUUGGCGCGUCCUCUCGCGCACGCGUGACACAAGAAAGAAGAAGAAGGCCUCAAAGGAUAGGAGGAGAAAGAGAAGAAAGAGGAAACGGAUAAAGAAGUAAUAUCCUAAAAGUGGUGUGACCGUGCCUCGUGUGCUUCCUGCCUAUCUGUGAAAAAAGACCGAGGAGCAAGAGAGAAAAGUACGUGCGGCAUCUGCCCUUCUUUCUUUCUCUCUUUGGUUUCGCGUGCGGCUGCCAGAGCGCUGCUCGCAGAUCCCUUUCGUCCUUUGUCUCGCGCGUCCCGCUGGCUCUCGCGUUCCGUUUCGUUCCGCGCGUUACCACCGCGAGAAGAGAGAAGAAAGGAAGAAUUCUCGACGAUAACGUUUUUUGCUUUCUUUUUUUUUUCUUUUUCUUUAUUCCCUCCUCGCCGGGUAUCCUUUUAGCCGCGUCGCAUCAUAUCGCGUGCUCUCUCGGAGACCUUGAACUUGCUACCGAGUCGUCCUCGCAGCCGUCGUGCGCGUCGUCUCCUUUCCACGCGCUACCUUGUCUCUCGGCCCAGCCUUCUCGUCGAAAGGAAAGGAGAGAAGGAACUAAAGCGAAAAAAAAGCUACGCGAGAGAUAACGAUCGUUAUCAAGAUACACCGCGAUAUCUGGAUACUUGGAGAAACGGAGAGGGAGAAAGAGAGAGAGAGAAAGAGAGAGAGAGAAAAGCCGAACGCAAGCCAGGGAUCCUGGAAGUUAAGAAGAGUCAGGAUGUUUCCUUACACGACCUUCCCGGCAGUCGGGAUGCAGGUACGAAAUCUGGUUGUUGGGCCUGGUGAAGUGACUAUGGACCACCGGGUGCAGGCGCGAACGGUGGACCAACGGUGACCAAGACACGGUGUAUUGUCUAUUGAAAGGAAAGAAGUAAUGUCAAUCCGGUUGGUCUGGUCGUCGUCGAUGGUGUGCGGUGUAGUAGCCCAAAGAGGGACCAUGUUGGAUCUCAAGAUGGCGCAGAACCAGAGAAGCUUAUUUAUUAAGGGUGUCGACGACGACGACGGCGGCGGCGGCGGCAGCAGGAACCUCGAGAGAAGGUUGACAAAGAGAAAAAAGGUGGGGUGGCUCGAGAAGAGAAAAGAAGGCGCGCGUGCCCUGUUUGUUCCUUUGGGAGAAGACAAAAGAAGCAGGGAUUUCGAGGAGAAACUCUUCUUUCCUCACCUUCGUGUGUUGCGUACAAAGGAUAGCGAAGAGCAAAGAGUCCGUGAGCGUGUGUUCUUCUCCUCUCUUUUGUCAUGCCAACGACGAGGAGAAGAGGAGAGAGUGCAAAAGAAAAAGAGACAAACAAAAGAAACAAGAGGGGAAAAGAAUGGAGGACGCGCUUCGUCCCGAAGGAUCUCGCAUCAUCCAUCGAUCGAUGCGAUAAGAAGCGAGAACGAUGUUCUAAAGAUCGACAGAGGGAGAUGGAAGCGAUUGAGCAGAACGAGCUAGACGUGGGCCAAAUUCGAGACCGCGGAGGCUUCGAUGAAAACUAGUUCCUUUUUUCGACCUCUCCCUUCCUCCUCUCUCUCUCUCUCUCUCUCUCUCUCUCUCUCUCUCUCUCUCUUAUUAUUGCUCCGUCACUCGGGCGAUAACGAAAUCGUCAGAUGGUGGAAUUUUCGAGCGAGAAGAGGAGAGUGGAGGAGGCUGGCGGGGACGAACUCUCGUACGACACUGAUUUAGCGGUAGCGCCGGCAUGGAGGCAGCGAACGGUGCAAUCGAGCACGAUUUUCACAAUGCUCUGGUCCCGAUAAACGGUAGCCAUUCCGGCAGUUCUGGUAGAAGUACACCAAACGGAGGUGAUCCAGCCCCUGGAAAACUCUUUGUCGGUGGUCUGUCGUGGCAAACUAGUAGCGAAAAGCUCAGGGAAUAUUUUGGCAUGUUUGGAACCGUAACUGAUGUUCUCAUCAUGAAGGAUCCUGUUACACAGCGUAGUCGUGGGUUCGGUUUCAUCACGUUCGCCGAGCCCGGCAGCGUCGACAAGGUGCUGAAGUGUCCCAUCCACACCCUGGACGGGAAGAAGAUCGACCCGAAGCACGCGACGCCGAAGAACCGCGCGAAGCAGGCUAAUCGGACGAAGAAGAUCUUCGUCGGUGGGGUGAGUCAGGAGACGAGUAGCGAGGAGGUGAAGGCCUACUUCAACCAGUUCGGCAAGGUCGAGGAAACGGUGAUGCUGAUGGAUCAGCAAACGAAGCGACAUCGGGGUUUCGGCUUCGUUACUUUCGAGAACGAGGACGUGGUGGAUCGCGUCUGCGAGAUCCAUUUUCAUACUAUCAAGAACAAGAAGGUCGAGUGUAAGAAGGCUCAGCCGAAGGAAGCCGUUCAACCGGGUGCCUUAGCCCUCGGUAAGAGAGUGGUUUUGGGCGCGUUGGGCGUUAGAUUGGCGCCCCAACCGCCGCUCCCGGUGGCCGCGGCGGCAUCUCAGAUCGUCGCCGCACAAGCGCAAGCCCAGGUACAAGCGGCCGCAGCCGCGGCCGCGGCUGCCCAAGUGCAAAACGCCGUCGCUGGCUACGGAAAGUUAUUCGCUAGCAGCUAUCCCGCAUUAUCCGCCUAUAGAUAUGCGCCCUAUCCGAUUCCAGCUGCGGCUGUCGCAGCCGCGGCCGCGGCCGCGGCACCUGCCCCGGCUCCGGCCCCUCCUGCGGCCGCCGCUGCUGCCGCGGCUGCGGCUGCGGCGAGUCCGGCCGCGGCGGCAGCUCCUGGCAAUCCCUAUCAAGGAUAUUCCCUGACAAACGUUGACAUGUCGAGCUUCCAAGGUGUCGAUUGGGGCUCUAUGUACGGCAUGGGCAUGUACGUCUAAGCUCCUUCCUUCUAUCGUCACACCUCUAUUUUUUCUCUUUCCUUCCUCAAAUCCUUUGCUUCCUCCGUCUCUCCUCACACUACUCUCAUGUCCCGUUCGCGUCGUUUACCUUUCACUUGUACCAGCGACUCUUUCUCUCUUUCUCAAUCAACUUUGACUUGUCACCCAUUCUUCCUAUCUAUUCCUCUAUUUUCUCUCUCUCUCUCUCUCUCUCUCUCUCUCUCUCUCUCUCUCUCUCUCUCUCUCGACCAUCACCAGCCUGACCGCCGACGCGAACAUUCGGAGAAAUCGAAUGCGAGAUUUACAAGUGCCUGCUGCUUAUCUCUCUGGAGUCUACGACGAUGACAACAACAUCAAUAAGAAGAUCCUCGUCUAUCUUCGCGAGAAAUAUCGAGGCAACAUCGAUCCUUUGGUAGAAGCGCGAACGCACGGCGCGAAGCGGCCGGACCUUGACAUAUUUGUUAUCUCCUUCAAGAUCAAAAGUUCAAACCGAUAAAGACUGGAAUACGGGUAUGUACCGCAGGAUGACUGAUCUCGUCGAUUAGAGAGAUAUUCGUAGCCACGAAUUCGAAUUAGAGGAAGAUGUAGCUGCGAACGAGUCGCGAUAUGUAUAUGUAUCUCUAGUUAAGGACGAGGUGAGCGCGUGGAGAAAAAAAAAAGGGAAUAUCGAGGAGCGAGAAGAGAAACGCGAUGCUUCGAGACGAAUUCCAAGUUUUUUCUUUCUUUUUUUUUUUUUUUUUUUUUUACGUUCUCUUCAUUGUUCUUUAUUGUCUCGAUUCGAAGCUGUCACGAUCUUUUGUUUUUUUUUGUCCCCCUAUUUUCGAGUCGUACAUUCGUAUUUCGCGCUUGUCGAUUCCCAAGUUCCACGUUCCCCGUGGCAGUGUUACGGUCUCGUUGUUGCGGUCACGUCUUGCGGCCCCGAACUUAAUUACCGAUUAUCAAUUAAAAAAUUUGCGUCACCGAAUCGACCGAACCUUCGUUUAACUGGUCGUUCUCCUUUUUUUAACGCGACGCGUGCAAGCAAUAAAAUAUACUGUGAAGAUAAAAAAAAAAAAAAAAAAAGAAAAAAAAACGGGGGUCAGGCGCGAUACCACCAACGAACGGGAUAACACCUUCCAAUGGUCUUUGUCUCGGUUUAUUUAAAUAUUUUUUUAUUCUUUCUCAAGUUAUCUUUCUUUUCCGUAUCCAGCGAGAAUCUGCUCGUGCAUUUUCCCGAGAGAUAGUCGAAAGUAUCUGUUAUAUCGAUCGUAUCAAUCCCAACUACGAUCGAUCUUUUUUCUCGACUUUCGACACUCCGUAUUUUUGUCAUUCUCGGGGAAGUGUAACACAGCGACUCUGCACUUUCCGUAAAAAAAAAAAGACACGGGGACACGAGAGAUAUUUGCAUGUGUAUGUACGCGAAUAUAUAUAUAUAUAUACACACAUACAUACACACAACACAAAAAGCAUACAAAAUACAUACGUACACGUAUAUACAUGUGUGGAAGGUCGCUUCGAUCGACAAGAGUACAGACAAAUACGUCUAGAUAUAUGAUGUAUAGUGUAAUACAUAUAUAUUUUUCUUCGAGUAACGGAAGACAAUAUUUCUCCGAUCUUGGUCGCGCGUACAUUAAUAUUAAUAAUAACUUUUUAGAUGACGCGUUCGCGUAAGAUUAGUUCUCUUGCGUAAAAAGCUGGGUUAUCGUUACAUUUACACAAAUACACACAUGCGCGCGCGCACACACACACACACACACUCACACACACAUACACAUACGUACACUCAGAGAGAACGAGACACAUAAUUGUACGAGACACAGAUAGUAUUUAAAAAGACAUUUCGACAUCCGUUUUGAAAAAACCGCGCGCGCGUGUACUCGAUCGAAAAUGACUAUGAACAAUUCUCUUUGAAAGAUGAUAUAACGGGAAGGACUUUGUUUUCAUUGAAUUGCAAACUUGGCGAGUUUACUUAAACGGAAUAAUUAGUAGCGGUAACGACAAACAGUUUUGACGAAUAAGGCAAAAUACUUUGUCUGCGCUCUAUCCGCGCGAGUAUAAUUAUAAUAUAAUAUUAUAAUAAUAAUAGUAAUAAUAAUAAUAAUAAUAAUAAUAAUAAUAAUAAUAAUAAUAAUAAUAAUAAUAAUAAUAAUAAUAAUAAUAAUACUUAUUAUUAUUAUUAAGAGAAAAGAACAAAACAGAGAUACUCGUUCAUAGGUUACGUUUUAACUGUAUGUGUAUAUAAAUGUAUAUACGUAUGUACGUGCGUACUCGACAUAUGAUAGGCCCUGCGUGUCUAUCCUAUGUUAAGUAUUAAUGUACGUGCGUGUAUACGCAUAUAUAUAUGUAUGUAAAUUAUAUAUAUAAAUAUUCUAUAAUUAUGUAAGUCGAGUUCGUGCGUUGAAAAACGAACGAACCAGGAACCCAAGAUUGAGAUUAGCUGGACGCGCGUUAAUCAAGCGAGUCUAAUUAGAUUAAUUAAAUCUUUAAGUGCAGGAUUAAGUUUAGUCAUUAAGAAGCGAUUAAUUUAUAUACGAAUCGUGCGUAGAACGCGUCCCGAGUUUCGUCGAAGUCCCAAACUUUCAAUGUUUCGAACCUAUAGGAAUGUCAAAUUCCCUCGGUCUAUCGCGAAAAUUUUGCUUCUCGUAGCUCAAAUGCCCACCGUGUAUAUUAAGCGAUUCGAUUGAGUGAUCUUAGUUCGUUAAUUCUCCCACCUUGUAUUUAUUCAUAAUUAUAUAUUAAGACUCUUCGUUAUCCUAGCUUUCAAAGUAUUAUACAACAAAUCCUCGUACCACGUACGAUUUCUGUUCUAUCUAUCUGUCUGUGUAUUUUUCUUUUCUUUUCUUUCGUUUAUUAACAAUUUUUGGCUGUGCAAGGCGAAUUUAAUUUUAUAAAUUAAUUAUUAUUUCGUUUCUUUUUUCAUAUUAUUAUUUCUCAUAGCUUUUAAAUUAAUAAUCGCUAUAGACCGAGGAACGGUGAAAACAAAGAAAACGAAUAAAUGAAAAAGUAGAGAGGGAAAAAGUUAAGGCAAGCAAAAUAUCAGGGUACGUUAAAACAAAAAAAAAAGUGGGGGGGGCAACGUUUAUUAUCAUUAUCAUUAUUAUUAUUAUUCUAAUCGUUAUCGGAUGUCGAUAAUCUCGGAACGACGUUUUCGUCGCGCGAGAAGGACGAAGGAUGUGAGAAAUUUCGAGCAAUAAGCGUUAAAAAUAACCUUAUGAAGCAUCUAUACCAUAUUACCACUUUAUCAAUAUGUACCUAUAACGAUAAUUUAUAACGAUAAGCGAGCGUUGCGUACGUUAGUCUUACAAGAUGAAAAUAAAAUCUAGAGAUACGAAGAUGAUAUACUUAAGAAUAUGCUGAGAAAGAAGAAGGGAAAAGGACAUUGAGGGUGGGCUUGGGGGAAAAGCUGAAAGAUUAAAUAAGCGAGAAAGGGAAAAAGAAAAGUGUGAGAGAAAGGGCAUACGCGUAGGAUGAAGGAGGAAGGGUUUAUCAUCAUCCCUUCCGAACGACAAGUAAUAUUCUCUAGUGAUAUACACAUAUACAUAUAUAUUACUGUAUAUAUGUAUAUAUAUAUAUAUGUAUAUGUAUAUGUGUAUAUAUAUAUAUAUAUAUAUAUAUUAAUUAUAUACGAUAUUAUUAUGACGAUAAUCAUCCCGUAUUAUUAGCGACGAGAAAACUCGCGAGUGAUGUUUAUGACUUAUAAAUGAAAAGAAUAAUACAUUUUAGGGAUGUAAAGGAUAUUAAGCGAAAAUAAGAAAAGGAAGGGAUGAGUUGGCCGAACGAAGGAGCGCGUACGUCAUCGAUGAUAAAUGUGGCCGUGUGCGUGCGUGCGAUGAUGCAAACGGAAAGAGGAAAAGAUGACAAAGUAUUGGCAAGGAGAGACGAGCGAAAUACCGGGCCUAAAUUUUCACUUAUUCUUGUAAUCCGUCAAGUACUUUUCCCUAUAGAUUCCUUAAUUUUUUCUUUCUCGAUUUAAUAAUGAGAGAUAACGCGCCCGGUAUCGCAAAUGUGUCUUCCCUCUCUCUUUCUCUCGCUCUUUCCCUCUUCUCCUGCUUCUCCUACUUAACACACGGAAUUUUUGCUUCUCGAGGGGAAGGAAUAGAGAGAGAAAGAGAGAGAACGAGUCUCUGCGUUAUACGAACUCCACGUAUACAUGUAUACGUAAUGGUACGAUCUCGGUUUUAACGAGAUUAAUUUUUGGAAGCAUUCUCUCUCUUUCUUUCUCUCUCUCUCUCCCUCUCUCUCUCUCUCUCUCUCUCUCUCUCUCUCUCUCACUAUCUCUGUUGUACGGCUUGCUCGUCGAAAACAGUCGAGCUUUCGUGAUAUUUGUACUUAACUGUUAAGCCCACUCAAAGUUGGUGUGUUAAAUAAAAUAACACAUUACCGAUUAAUCGAUUAUAACGCAAUUAUCAAAGCGUCGAUAGCAAUAACAUUUUUGGUAGAUGAUUAUGAUAAAGUUUGGUGCGUUCGACUCGACGAGCAAGCGAACGAAAUCGGCAAUAAUAAAAAUCACGAACGGGGAAAAAUAUUGAUCGUCGUCGACAUUUCUGUGUUCGGAAAUCGUCGAUCGUUCUUCUUCAACGUUUUAAUAAAAAAUCGAUAGAAAAAGGCGUAAUAAUUAUAAAAAAAAGAAAAAAAAGAAAAAAAAGAAACAAGUUUCUGCGGUGGAAAACUCGUUCAUCUCUAAGAAGACGAUCGUGAUUUCACGGUGCACGAACUAAAAAAAAAAAAAAAUAAAAAAAAGAAACAAAAGAAAAAAGAUAUAAAAGGUAAGACCAUUGCGGUCGAGAAUUCCUUUUCGAUUGGAAUGCGUCGAGAGAUUCGAUCGUUCGAUCUCUGUUUCUCUCUCUCUCUCUCUCUCUCUCUCAUCCGAUUUUUGUCUUUUCCGACAAGAGAGAAGGAAAGAGGAAGAGAGAGUGUCACAGAUCCUUCUCUCUCUUUUCGUGCUUCGUUUCAAUUUUUCAUCCCGACGAAACGGAUCUCCUUCCUAUUUCUCUCUCAUUUCUCUUGAUUAUUCCCCCCCUCUCUCUAUCUCUCUAUCUAUCUAUCUCUUUCACUCUCCUUGAAAUUCAUAUCCCACGCCAAGAAAACACCACUUUGGAUACAUACCUACCUACUUACUACCACCAACGAUCAUAUGUAUUUUACACUGCGGAUGUCGAGAGUAAUUUAUUAUUAGCGUAGCUUGUAUUUUGAUGAGCGCUAACCACCUACUAGUUGAGUGUAUGAAUCAUUAGGUGAAGCAUGCUGGUUGAAUUAUCUUCCACUUAAUCUCUCUAUCUCUUUUCCUUUCAUCGAUAUAUCAUAUAUAUAUAUAUAUAUAUAUACACACACACACACAUAUAUAUAUAUAUACAUGCCUACGAUCGUUUCUCUAUCACAAUGUGAAAUAAUUUUUGAUUAUCUAUCUUUGAAAAAAUAGAGAGAUGCGAAAUCGUUAAUAUCAUUAACGAAAUCAUUAUUAUUUGUUGCAAGAAACAUUGGUCCCACUUAGUCGUUUUAAAAUGAGCCAGUAAAAAUUUAUAUUAUCCGAACAUAAUUACUGACUCAUUCUGUGUAUAUAUAUAUAAAUCCUGCUUCCUUUACCUUUCCCUUACAUUGGCCAUGCGAUCCAACAUCGAAAGGAGAAAGGGAGAAAGAAUAUAGAUCCCUAUAAACCUUUAAUAUCUUUGUGAUGUUUUUUAUCUAAACGCUUUUUUAAAGAACCGAGCUUUCACAGGGAUAUACCGAAAGAAACGAUAAGUAUGGAAUUUAUGAUUCGCGCCGAGUUUACUUUUGAAAUCAAGAUGUUGAUCCGUUGGCCAAUCCACUUUCUCUCUCUCUCUCUCUCUCUCUCUCUCUCUCUAUCUAUCUAUCUAUCUAUCUAUCUCCCUGUAAUCCGCCGUUUUUCGUAAUCUUCCCACGUAUUUUCUUCCAUUUCAUCGAAUAAGUUCGUAACACUUUCUCUCCCCCCUCUCAAUUUCUCUCUCUAAUCUCUCUCGUUCCUACGAUUUUUCAGUUAAGUCGUUUCUUUUCGUCUCUUUUCGUUGCGAAUAUUCUCUCUCUCUCUUUCUUUCUUCAUCCAUCUCUUCUUUUUUUUUCGCCUGUGCUUUCGCGAGGAAGAAAGAUGAAUUACAUAAAAAUGGGACUAGGUAUAGAAAGAAAGAGAGAGAAAGAGAGGGGGGGGAGAAAGAGAGAGUUGACGAACGUAAGAAAAGAUAGAACGUAUCUCUCUCUUUUCUCUCUUCAACCAUUCGUUUUCCUUCGACAACCGAGACACCUUUAGCCAGCCAUCCAACGCCUAAUUGUGUAAAACCGAUAUUCGAAGACUUGUAUUAUUACUAUUACGUAUGAUUAUGAUUAUGAUUAUUAAUUAAUUGCCAUUAUUAUUAUCAUUACUCUUAUUAUUCUUAUUAUUAAUAUUACUUAUUAUUAUUCUUAUUAUUAUUGUGCAUCAGCAUCGCUAUUACUAUUAUUAUUCUUAUUAUUAGUAUCAUUAAUGUCAUUAUUAUUAGUAAGCUACGAACACGCAAGACACAAAUUCAACACACGCGAUAUACGGGCGCGUAUUCUGACAGACACGUACACACGUACACAGAAAAUAAAAGUAGUAUAAACGCGGAGUGCGUGCGUGCUCGUAGUAUAUUCUUUCGUGACUAUAUACUUUGCCCUUUAUUUUUCUUCGUGCCACUCGCAUGUGCCAUAGAGAACGCGACUUUCACCCUCUGGUCGUCUUUUCUUAUUCGUCCUUGUGUUCACGCAGCAGGCCCGCGCACACACCCACACGAAGAGACACGUAAAGAUUAAUAGAGAAACGCAGAGAAUUUCAUUCGUUAGGGCUGGAGAAUUCACGUCUUCCUCUCACUCGCGCAGUCAUCACACACAUAGAAAACCCCAGCAGCAGCAGCAGCAGCAGCAGCACAAUCUCUUCGUUUAUUUAGUCGAUUUUUACUUACUACACGUUGGAAUAACGUCCCGAAAGAGAAGGGCCAAGGGAUGAGAGAAAUGCGCGCGCGAGAGCGUGCCGAGUGCUCGUU